AUGAUCAGGCAAGGUUCGUUCGAUGAUAGUUAUAUUGAAAUCGAGGUGAGUUUUAAGAUACCCAAAUUUUCAAAGGACAAAAUUAUGUUUUUGGAACAUUAAUUUGAACAGUUUAUAUCAUUUCGAAUACUUGUUUUUUUUCAGAAAGAACGGGUUAAAAAAAUGGAAAUGGCUGUGAAAGAAAUGACUAUGAAAAUCGAAAAUUUGAGUAAAACCAAUGAUGAUUUGACGAGUAGUUUGGAGUCUCUAAAAUCGAAUACUCGAAACAAUCACAAGAUUAUUCAAAAAUUAGAAACUGCUCACCAAAAAAUGAGAGAGGAGAAUGGAAGUUUGAAGGAAAAAGAAAAACAGCUCCAGACUGAAAUUGGCACACAAAUUGCCCAAAUCGCGGAAAUAACAGAUGCGAAAAACAAUGUGCUCGAUCAGUUGAACAAAUUUGUGGAGGAUUUCGAAAAGUUCAAAAAGGAUUCAAACGAGUCAACAAUUGAUGCAGUGGCUUCGGCGGAGAGAAAGCUCAAAGAAGUGUUCGAAACUAAAACAAGUAUGUUUUACAUCGCAUGUUUUCGAUCACCAGCCUUACUACUUAUCAUUUCAGAUCGAUUGAAAUCAGAGCUUGAAAGAUCGGAGAAGGAUCAUCAAGACUAUGAAAAGGCUCAUAUUGUGUCAUUGGAAGAAGUUAAAGGGGGGGGGGGGUAAGACGACAAAAUUUUAUUUGCUCAAUGAAUCGUCACAGGCAUUUGCGAACAGAGUGGAAACCAGUAGAAGCGGGAAACCAGUCUGUUUUGGGUACGGAUCUGGCUGGAACCAGUAGGUUUUCAUUGGUUUCCAACUGGUAUUGCAGGUGUUACUGGUUUCCACUCUGUUCGCAAAUGCCUGUGGUGCUCCCUUUGAAUAGUAAAAGCCCCAGGGGAUUUUUUCUCGAAAGGCCUAAAAAGGUCCGAAAAAAAUAUUCCAUGAACUUUUUUCAUACGUUGUCUGAAAGUUUAUGGAAUAAUUACGUGGUACCUAGUUUAUGGAACAUUUUUUCUGGGCGUUCCCAGAAAAAAUCCCUUGGAGGUUUUACUACUUUUGGGGAGCCUUUAACUUUGCGACAAAAAAAAUUUGUCGUCUUACCCCCCCCCCUUUAACGCAAAAAACAAAGAACUGAAGAGAAACUUAGGCGAGAUACACGGUGCGGUUCAUCUAAUGUUAACCGACUUGUCGAUUGUCGGAUAUACUGUAAGGAAAUUUCCAUAUCUUACAAUACACUAAUAACAUUUAUAUUACAUCAUGAAAUUCGAGUCGCAUUGGAGCCAGUCAUUUCUCUUCUCCCCAAGAAACAACCAGAAAUGUAAUAUAUCAUUUUUUUGGUCUCCCAUAUUUUUUCUCGUUUUCUUUCACUUUUAUUUUUUUCUUUCACUUUUAUAUAUCCACGUUUUUUUUGAUAAAUCGAGUUUGAAAUUUCAAUUUUCUUUUUUUUUUUCAAUUGGUAGUCGUCCAUUUCAACAUAUAUAUAUGUAAUAACAAGAGAAACACGAAAAAGUUAUUUUAAACACGUCCGGGAGAGUGAACUUCAUUCAAGCAACAAUUGAUGCAGGUCUUGGAGCGAAAAAACGUGGAUCUCAAUUAGUUGUUGGAGGAGAUGCUCGAUUCCUUUCAAUUGAAGCAACCAAUGUUAUUAUUAAAAUUGCUGCUGCAAAUGAGGUUUGUUUCUUUUUCAUUAGACUGAAAAAGUUUAAAUUGAAAAUAAUUAUAAUUUUCUAGUUGUCUCGUCUGAUUGUUGGCCAAAAUGGAUUCCUUUCAACUCCAGCUGUUUCAAAUUUGAUAUUACAACAAAAUCAGCAAAUAUUCGAUUGGUCAAGAUUUGGAAUGUGAUUUCACAACUGUUGGAACCUAUGAAUAUGAUAUUGAUGGAGUUGGACAUUUUACAGUCGAUGUUAUUGAUUCGGUUACUGAAUAUGUCAAUUUAAUGCAAAGUAUUUUCGAUUUCUCAAAGGUAACGUUUAUAUUGUUAUUGAAAAUUUCAACUUGAAAUAAAAUAAAUUUUCAGAUAAAAUCCCUUUUAUCUGGCGAUUUAUCUGGUGAAAAGAAACUCCGAGUUCUUCUCGAUUCAAUGCACGGAGCAACAGGUCCUUAUAUUUCAACAAUUCUUGCCGAUAUUCUUGGAGCUGAUUCGAAAGAUCUUUUGAGAACUGUUCCAAAACCAGAUUUUGGUGGUGGUCAUCCUGAUCAAAAUCUCACUUAUGCUAAAGCACUUGUAGAUCAAUUGAAAAAUGGAGAACAUGAUCUUGGAGCUGCUUUUGAUGGGGAUGGUGUAAGUUUUUUUGUUCGAAAAAAGUGUGAUUGCAAAUUUUAAAUUCAGGAUCGUAACAUGAUUCUCGGACGAAAUGGUUUCUUCGUAACCCCAAGUGAUUCGUUGGCUGUUAUUGCUGAUAAUAUCAAUUCAAUUCCAUAUUUCCAAUCUAGAAAAGUUGGUCAAUUGUACAAUACCUGGAGCACAUGCCCUGGAACUGAAUUUCCUGUAAAAAUGUAUAAACCCUGGAUUUUUAAAGCAAUACCUGGAAACGAGAAAAAGGUCUGAAAUUUCUCGAAUCAAUUCCAGAAAGUGAUUUUUUUGUUCUAAGUAAUGUUUUUUUCCGCUACUAGACCUCUGCCAAAAAAUGAAAAACCUGAAAUUUAGAAUAUUUUGCACACUUUCACCUGUUCACCUUGGAACAUCUUUCGAACCACAGAUCUAUCAAUUUGAAAACGUUUUUUGUGAAAUUUUUUGAAUCUCUGAGCGGAAAAACGCCAAAUUUUUUUCCAGGUAUUGUUCAAAAAUAAUCCAGGGUUUGUACAUUUUUACAGGAAAUUCAGUUCCAGGGCAUGUCUUCCAGGUAUUGUACAUUUGACCGAAAAGUUGAAGGUAGGUUCAAAAAAAUUGUAAAAUCAUUAAUUUUUAUAAAUUCCAGGAUUUGCUCGUUCGAUGCCGAUCUUGUCGCAAAAGCCAAAGGACUUCAAGUUUAUGAAACUCCAACUGGAUGGAAAUAUUUCGGAAAUCUUAUGGAUGCUAGAAAAAUCGCACUUUGCGGAGAAGAAUCAUUUGGAACAGGAAGUGAUCAUAUUCGUGAAAAAGACGGAGUUUGGGCACUUUUGGCGUGGCUCCAAAUUUUGGCCGACAAAAAACAAUCUGUUGAAGAGAUUGUCAACAAUCAUUGGAAAAAGUAUGGUAGAAAUGUUUUUACUCGAUACGAUUAUGAAAAUGUUGAUGCAGCUGGAGCUAAUUUGCUUAUGACUUUCUUGGAAGCACAAUUACCUGCAUUAGUUGGAAGAGAUUUGAGUGCCAAUGGAUUUACGUACAAGGUAAUUAUUUUGAAAAAUAAGCUACUCACUCCAAGUUAUAUUUUGUUUAGGUUGCUGUAGCUGAUAAUUUCCAAUACAAUGACCCAGUUGAUGGAUCUGUUUCAACAAGACAAGGACUUCGAAUUGUAUUUGAAGAUGGUUCUCGACUUGUAUUCCGUCUUUCUGAAACUGGUUCUGCUGGUGCAACAAUUCGACUUUAUGUUGAUUCAUACAUUCCAGCUUCUGAUUCUCAACGCCUUCUUCAACCAGCGCAAGAUUUGUUGAAACCAUUGGUUCUUAUUGCUCUCGAAACUUGCAAGAUGGAGCAAUUCACAAAUCGAAAAGCUCCAACAGUUAUCACAUAA